AUGGCCCUCCACUUGAACUCUUUGCUGACGCUAGUAACCGUAGCGGCUCUGAUCGCAGCGGAAGCGCUCGCCGACGAAGUCCUCGCUGACAGCGAACUCGUUCUUACGGUCUUGGUUCACCGGCACGGAGACCGCACGCCCGUGCAGGGCUCGCUAGAAUUGAGUAACGACGUGGACGCACUGCGAAAGGCCUCCGAGCCCUACGGCUACGGACAACUCACCAAUGUGGGCAAGCGAACCGCGUACCGGCUCGGCCAGUCCAUACGCAAGCGUUACGGCAGCCUCAUUUCCGCGCAUUACAACUCGUCCGAGAUCUACAUUCGUUCGACGGACUCCACGCGCGCCCAAAUGACCGUGCUCACCGCCAUGGCGGCCGUGUACCCCGCCGGUGAUGACAACUGGAGCGACUCUCUCCCCUGGCAGCCCACCCCCUACACCAUGGUGCCUACUAAAUACGACCCCAACCUCGCCAUUUCAAACUGCCCCCCGGUCGUAAAAGCUUUCGCCAGCAAGAUGUCGUCCACCUCAGCGGCGAUGGAGCGCUACACGGACGUGUUGAACCAGUGGUCGGAGCUGAUCGGCACCAACAUCACCGCAACACCAGUGCUCGCCUAUGGCUACUACGACGUUUAUAAAAGUCAGAACAGCAUGACUCGUAAUAACGACAGGAAUUUACAGAUCAGCCUCGGCGUGCCGCUGACCGAGGAGUUGCAGGCGCUGCUGCCGGAAAUCAAGGAAAUUGCUGGCGCAGCCAUGGACGUCUUAUUUGGUGAUGACGACUACGUGGCGCUGGAGGCCGGUGUGUACAUGAACGACGUCAUCACGGCGAUGACCUCGGCAGCAAGCGGCGACGUGUCGCAGCCCCUGCGCAUCUACUCCGCGCACGAUACUAACGUGUACCCCGUUAUGGCGGCGGCGCGCAUCACGCCGCGUCAGGGCGUGCCACCAUACUGCUCUUCAUUCGCGCUGGAACUGCGCAAGCGCACUGAUACUGGUGAUUAUGUCGUGCUGCCGGUGUACCAGAGCUCGCCGGACGCCGAGUUGAUGUACCUGCAGGUGGAGGGGUGCAGCGCGCUGCUGUGUCCGCUCGACGAGUUUGUCUCCAUCACGAAGCCCUUCGUGCUGGAUGAGGACACGUGGCGCCAGAAGUGCGCCUAA